AUGCCUGUCCUUACUAAAAAGCGAAAGGCCGAGCUCGAGGCAGCUGGAGAGGGUUCCCAGGCUCAGGCGCAGCUCCAAGGCUCACUGGAGACCGACAAGACCAGAAAGCUCGCCGCUAAGGAGCACCCCUCGAAGCGCCAGAAGCGUGCCGAUCCGUAUAAGAUAAUUGACCCUUUUCGUCCUUUCUCUCCCCCUCCCAAGACUGUGAUGCGCCGUAAAGGCCGAGCGCACCAACCUAACGUCCCGAAGAAAACUAUCGUCAAGCCGCCGAACCCCCCGCCGUUUGUCUUCUGUACCGUGCCCACCAUCAACUCAGUGGGCAAGCUUUCCUCGAAAGGGGGAAGCAGUAAGGAUGUCGGUACUAUCAUGGCGGCUAAGUCGUUAAUCGAUCAUGCAGAUUGUGCUGCUGAGGUCCUCCGGGACCCUGUUUUUGAAGAACCUAUUGAUGAACCCCAAGAGGAGGAGGAGGACGGGUUCGAGGAGAUCCCCCUUCCUAGAAAGUGGGUCGAAUGGGCCGUCGAAAACGGAGUACACGAAGUUCCUGGGCGUGGAGAUAUCCGCGACCCCGGUACGUACGUCGCGGACGAUACGUACAAUUAUGACCUGCUAUACGAGACAAUCCACCGAGGAUUCUUCCGGACUGGUCGGCUGGAGGUAGAUAUCUUCCCCGAGCACUGGCCGAUGGUCCGAGGCCAUAGAGAUGGAAUUUUGGCAGACUUAGACCUACGCCCUCUCUCGCCCCCUGUGGAGCAAAAGGUUAAGGGCAAGGGCAAAGAGCCGGUAAGAUCUCGGUUGUCGCCCGAGUCCACGCCCGCGCCCACAGGGGAUCACUCACCAUCGGUAUCGCCAUCAGCACCAGGACCCAACCGGGUCAACCAGGAGCUCUCAACCAUAAAGGAGGAAUCAGAGAGCCCUGUGCCCAUUAGCGCGUCUAUACCUCGAAGAAGAGAUCCGACCGCCGUCCCAGUUGAACAUUCCAGUCCUGUUACAAACACCAUGGGGACGUUCGGACUCCCGGACGAUUUUUACGAUACCACCGAUGGAGACUCAACGAUCCUGGUGGAAGACUAA